GAAGGCCGCCAGAAGACGAACCCAGAGAAGGCGCCGACGACACCGGUCAUUCGUGUGGACUACUGGUUCGUGAACGCCGAGCUGGAGACAGAGAUGGUCGACAUCGCGGCGAUGGUUCAGAAGCCCAGGGGCGCGGCGGCAGCGAUUAUUGUCAUCCACAAAGGACCCAGCGAGUGCGUCAACCCUGCGGUGGAGUUCUACUUGCACGCAAGGUGCGCAGCGGACAACAUGCUGAAGGGCGACCAAGAGCCAUCCCUACAAGCGGCGAUCACGGCGGUGAAGAACAGGUGCAAGUCAGGGCUGGGCAAGAUCGGCGAGACGAUCGAUUACAAUAUCCAGGCGAAGGACUAUUCUAAGUUGGGGCCGCGAUGGAGUGAAGGCAUCUUCCUGGGUAGGCGCGACGAGAGCGACGAGGUCAUCGUGGGGGCAGCGCGCGGGGUCGAGCAUUGCAGGGCGAUGAAGCUGAGGAAUCCUGAGGACAGGCACAGCAAGGAGGUCUACAACACGUUCAUCGGAUUGCCGUGGGAUCCUAGAGGUCUGGAGGUGAAGGACCAGAACGAUGUCAUCAGGAGGAGAAGGUACAUCGAAGGCGCUGGUGGAGGAGUAUGGGCCCACAGACGGCUGUGCAGCAUGCAGAGGGAACUCGGCGAUGCACAACGCGAGGCGCAGGGCGAG